CCUCCAAUUCAUCGAUUAAAUGUCGGGAAGAAACAUACAUCACUGAGAAAACCUUUUUAUCAUGCCAUUUCAUCUGUCAAAGUUAACUGUCCUUCUCCUGCCCAGCAAUUCCUCCAACCCCUUCUUCUUUCUCACCCUUCCUUGUACAAACCGCCAUUAUAGUAUAUAUUCAGUUUAUUCUAGUUUAUAUUCAGAGUGUGCUAUUCUCUAUUCCGUGCAAUAGAGAAUAGCAAGUUCCACAUAGUUUUUCGCAAACAGGAAUAGCAGGGUCCUCACAGUAGUUUGCGAAUGGGAAUAGCUCAAUCCACACAGUAGUUCAUUAAUGAAAAUAGCUGGAUCCGCAAAAUCUUUCACGAACGAAUCACAUUUACAGAAAAUGGCGCAGUGUUGGUAGUUCGUGCACUUGAUCCGUUCAUUUCGAUCCAUUCUUUCACAGACGACUAAUCUCUAUUUCUAAUAAAGUCUUUCCUUAACAAUUGGUAUUUGUUAACAUUAAAACGCUGCUGUGUGUUUUGAUCUCAUCAAUGAACUAGAGGAGAGGAACCGAACAAAUAAAAUUCUACGAAAUUAAAAAAAUAGUCGAUUUCUUAUAUCUUUGCAAACCCAAUAUGUCUACAAAAGCAGCUUAUUUAGAGCACUAUUUAGACAGCUUGGAAACUUUACCCACAGAACUUCAAAGAAAUUUCACUUUGAUGAGGGAUUUGGACACUCGUACAAAAGAUGAAGUUCAAAAUGUUGACAAAAUCUGUAAGGAAUUUCUUGAGAAGAUAGAUAGCUUAACAGAUGAGGAAAUGGCUGAGGAGACAAGUAAAAUAAGAAAAAUGUUCAAGAAGGCUCAGGACUACGGUGAUGACAAAGUGCAAUUAGCCAUGCAAACCUAUGAAAUGGUUGAUAAGCAUAUAAGACGCUUGGAUGCUGAUCUUGCAAGAUUUGAAGCUGACUUAAAAGAUAAGGCUCUAAAUCCACAUGCAUCAGAAGCUGAUUCUGUGCAUAAAAAGAAAGGCCGUAAAUCAAGUGAGAAAGAGAAAAAGAGGAAAAGAGCUACUUCGGAUGAUGAUGAAAUUCCAAAAUCUGUCAGGAAGAAGUUCAAACAACAACAACUUAUUAUUCAGCCUGAAAUUGCUGCUCUACCGGCUGCGCUAACUAUAAAUCAUCCAUCUGAUGUUCUCGAUAUGCCUGUUGACCCUAAUGAGCCCACUUAUUGCUUCUGUCAUCAGGUAUCCUAUGGGGAGAUGAUUGGCUGUGAUAAUCCAGAUUGCCCUAUUGAAUGGUUUCACUUUGCUUGUGUUGGACUUACAAGCAAACCCAAAGGUAAAUGGUAUUGCUCCAACUGUUCUGCAGAGAGAAAGAAAAAGUAGUCAGAAUAAGAUGUUAAGUGUAUAUUUAUGUGAAGUGUGGGAAAAAAAGACUUGUUGAUCUCUGUACUAUAGCAUCUUGUCUAUUAACUUCUUACAAGUACUCAUUCACAUUUAUUAUAUCUAAUUCAUUUUACAUCUUCACACUUAAUCAUGUGUGUGACACAUGUAUUUGUAAAAUAUUUCCUGUAUUUAAAUAUCAUUUUAUGUAAAAGAACAUCUAUAGAAUAAGAAUAAUUAAUUUUUUUAUUGCAAUAAUAUAUUUAUUAAAUUUAAACUGAA